UUCAAAAAUUCGCAGUCUUCAUAAAGUCAGUGACGCUCGAAGUGCUCAAUUGUGUCGUGUUCUCUGUUCCAAAGUUUUUCCAAAGGAAGAAUAUAAAAAAAGUACAUUUUUUUGUGUAAAUUAUUUAUAAAUAAAAAAAAAAGAAACAAAUAUGAGGGAAAUCGUUCACAUUCAAGCCGGUCAAUGCGGAAACCAAAUUGGAGCUAAGUUUUGGGAAAUUAUCUCCGAUGAGCAUGGAAUUGAUGCUACAGGCGCAUAUCAUGGUGAUAGUGAUUUGCAAUUGGAGCGCAUCAAUGUCUAUUACAAUGAGGCAUCUGGUGGCAAAUAUGUUCCACGUGCCGUUCUCGUCGAUUUAGAACCCGGCACCAUGGACUCUGUGCGAUCAGGUCCAUUUGGACAAAUUUUCCGCCCCGAUAACUUUGUCUUUGGACAAUCUGGUGCCGGAAACAACUGGGCCAAGGGUCAUUACACAGAAGGUGCCGAAUUGGUCGAUUCAGUGUUAGAUGUUGUCCGCAAAGAAGCUGAAUCAUGCGAUUGUCUGCAAGGAUUCCAGCUUACACACUCAUUGGGAGGUGGUACCGGAUCCGGUAUGGGCACCCUCCUCAUCUCAAAAAUCCGCGAAGAAUACCCAGACAGAAUCAUGAACACAUACUCAGUUGUACCAUCACCAAAAGUAUCAGACACCGUUGUUGAACCCUACAAUGCCACACUCUCAGUGCAUCAGCUUGUCGAAAACACAGACGAAACCUACUGUAUUGAUAACGAAGCUCUCUACGAUAUCUGCUUUAGGACCCUCAAGCUGACAACCCCAACAUACGGUGACUUGAACCAUUUGGUGUCGCUGACAAUGUCCGGAGUAACCACCUGCCUUCGUUUCCCUGGCCAGCUGAACGCUGAUCUCCGUAAAUUGGCUGUCAACAUGGUACCUUUCCCACGUUUGCACUUCUUCAUGCCCGGUUUUGCUCCAUUAACAUCAAGAGGAUCCCAACAAUACCGAGCACUGACUGUACCUGAGUUGACCCAACAAAUGUUCGAUGCCAAGAACAUGAUGGCUGCCUGCGAUCCACGACAUGGACGUUAUUUGACUGUUGCCGCUAUCUUCCGAGGACGUAUGUCAAUGAAGGAAGUCGACGAACAAAUGCUUAAUAUCCAAAACAAGAACAGCAGCUACUUCGUCGAAUGGAUUCCAAAUAACGUCAAGACAGCCGUGUGCGAUAUUCCACCAAGAGGACUGAAGAUGUCUGCCACUUUCAUUGGUAACUCGACUGCCAUCCAGGAACUGUUCAAACGUAUCUCAGAACAAUUCACUGCUAUGUUCCGUCGUAAGGCUUUCUUGCAUUGGUACACCGGAGAGGGUAUGGAUGAGAUGGAAUUCACUGAAGCCGAAAGCAACAUGAACGAUUUGGUGUCCGAAUACCAGCAAUACCAAGAGGCCACUGCUGAUGAAGACGCUGAGUUCGAGGAAGAACAAGAAGCCGAAGUUGAUGAAAACUAAGCAAACAAAAAACAAAAUAAAA